UUUACGUAAAGGAGGAUGCGUGGUUACGUGAGCGUCAGGCUGACAAACAUGAGGCGCAUACUCAGUACGAGUAUAUUGAGUUAUAUCAGUUUAUUAGAGAGAAAUCUUCCCUCUCGUGCCUCUCUGACACUGGGUCAACAAAGCGUUUUUGCACAGCGUUUCUGUAGGAAAGUAACGACUGACAGCUCUAGCAUGGACCUGAGUGACAUGAGGAAGAAAUACAAAGGAGAUGAGGAGUGCUUUGAAGAGAGUCAACUUGUGUCACUGGACCCAAUCAAGCAGUUUGGAAACUGGUUUGAUGAAGCCACAAAGUGCCCUGAAAUCGGAGAGGCCAAUGCUAUGUGCAUCGCCACUGCCACAAAGGACGGACGCCCAUCUGCUCGUAUGGUCCUCCUGAAAGGUUACAGCGACGAAGGUUUCCGUUUCUUCACAAACUACGAGAGCAGAAAGGGCUCUGAGCUGGAGAGCAAUCCAUACGCAUGUCUGGUCUUCUACUGGGAACCUCUAAACAGACAGAUUCGCAUUGAGGGUGCUGUGGAGCGGAUCCCUUUCCAGAGCUCCUGUGAUUAUUUCCACUCUCGACCAAAGAGCAGCCAGAUCGGGGCUGUUGUGAGUCGACAGAGCACUCCUGUUCCCAACAGAGAUUAUCUAAGGCAGAAGAAUGCCGAGCUGGAGGAGAAGUAUAAGGACACGCAGGUGCCUAUGCCUGACUACUGGGGCGGCUACAUCGUCAAGCCUUAUUUGAUCGAGUUCUGGCAGGGCCAGACCAACAGACUUCACGACCGCAUCGUCUUCACCAAACCGAAGGACGGAGAGUCCGAGCUGGGAGAGUUUCAGCACGCUGCAGAGGGAGGCUGGGUGUACCAGCGACUGUCUCCAUGAGAAGCACCUGUCAUAUACAGGAAGGCACUGAAACUUCAUCUAGAGUACGACUUUAUCAUUGAUGAAAAAAAAGAAUCACCAUCUUUACCUCACUUGAAGUAACAGUUCAUCUGUACAAUAGGUACUGAUGGAAACCAUUGAUGUUGAUUAAAUAGGUGCUGCUGUGUGUAGGAUUUAUCAACAAGCCAAACGUCAUUGUGUCGUCUUUGAACCUAACCGUGAGAUGUCAGUACAUAUUUCCAGUGAAGAGAGGUGUGACGCAACCUGACUACAACUUAACACUUUCACUGCAUUAUGAAAUGAAACAGGAAGUGCACUGACUGAUUCAGGAGAGCAAACUCCAGCUGGUUUUGUUAAAUAAUGAUUGACAGUUAUGUUGUUAUUUACCAGGGUUGAUGUCAACCUUUAGUACCAGGAAACUGUCUUAAUUCUCUAAAAGCACAAUCUGUACCACUGACUCGCCACCUAUCACCAUCAUGUCCUCUGUUUAUGUAACUUUAUUUGGUUCAUUUUCAGUAUUGAAAUAAUUGGUAACACUUUAUAUUAUUAAUAAUCCCCAGGAAAGUUUAAUAGAAAUACAGUUUGUAAUUUUGUGCUAUUUAUAGGAAAACAAAGAGUUUAUAAGCAGUGUCUUUGAAAGAAAUAAUCUAUUUCAACCAAUUACUUACACUCAGGGGCCACUUUGUUAGGUUACCUUUAAUUCAAUCCAAUGCAGUUCUGCUAUACAGUCUACUUUUAUAAUGCUUAAAGUUUUUUGACAUCAUCAUGAAGGUGUUAAUUCUGUUAUAUGUUUUAGCUUUGAGGUCAGGUGUUUCUAAUAUUCUGCCCCUCUCGUGCUGUAUGUAAAUAGGGAGGACAAAAUUAGGGAAACACAUUUCUGACAGUGUUGUCAAAAACCCAAACAUUAUAAAUUUCAUAAAGGUAGAAUUUAAUAAAAUGGCCCCUGAGUGUAUUCAUCCUUGAAAUUCUGUAUUCUACAUGUUUGUUAAGUUGUAUGUUUGUAGACAAAAACUCACAUUUUUGCAUGUUCAACUAACCUGCUGAACACUUUACUAAAGAUUUUAUUAGGCUAUAUUAGCAAUUAAUCAGAAGUGAAAUGACACUGUCUCAUUUUCCUUUUAAUUUGUACCAAAUGUUAUUGUCAUUUGCAGGAAUCUUCCUAUGAAUUUACAGUUACACGUUGGUUUCUUUCCAGGAAAUUAAAGGAAAAGAAGGGAUCCAUAAAAUAAGCUGUUACCAAAUAAUUCAUGUAGCCUUCACAGCUGACGUAAAUUAAUCAUGAACUGAUUGUAACAGCCUAAUUGAUCCAACUGCCUUUUAAUAAUGAGAUUAAAAGAGCUGAUGAUGUUAUUUGUGCCAAUUACCAUGUGUGUUACGUAAAGUAUGUCUUGUACUACGUGAGAAUGAGAUUGUUGUUUAUUGUUUACUGAUGAAGAAAAUGUUUUAGUUUUUUGACUUGAAUUAACUGUGGAAUAUAGCCAGUAAUAAAAGUUUAAUUAAG